UAAUAAUAAAGAUAGGCGAGGAAGCAAAGCCAGCCGGACGAAUCCCAACUCCUGUGUGCGUUCGACUCGUCGGCCGCAGCAGCUGCCCGUCCCCGCCCCUCCGGCCGAGCACGCCGCCGCCACCGCCGGCGAGGGCGCGCACCGUCGGCCCGUCGCUUUCGCAUGGAUAUGGCCCCCGCGUCCGUCUCGUCCAACCCGCGCUCGGUCGAGGAAAUCUACAAGGACUUCUCCGGCCGCCGCGCCGGCCUCGUCCGCGCCCUCACCUCCGAUGUCGACGAUUUCUACAGCUCCUGCGACCCAGACAAGGAGAAUUUGUGCCUGUACGGCCUCCCCAACGGGACCUGGGCGGUGGCGCCGCCAGCGGAGGAGGUGCCGCCGGAGAUGCCGGAGCCGGCGCUGGGCAUCAACUUCGCGCGGGACGGCAUGCAACGCCGGGACUGGCUCUCGCUCGUCGCAGUCCACUCCGACUCGUGGCUCAUUUCCGUCGCCUUCUUCUUCGGCGCACGCCUCAACGCCAACGAUCGGAAGCGCUUAUUCAGCAUGGUCAGUGAUCUUCCAUCCGUCUUUGAAGCAUUCUCAGACAGGAAACACGGCAGAGAUAGGUCUGGCGUUGAUAGCAGCGGCAAGUCCAGACACUCGUCAAAGAGAGGAAGCGACGGCCACGUGAAGAACUCUAGAGCAACAGCUCCGGCUGCCAAACAGUACGAUGAUGACGACGACGAAGACGACGAGGAGCACACCGAGACCUUCUGCGGGACCUGCGGCGGCCUGUACAACUCGAACGAGUUCUGGAUCGGCUGCGACAUCUGCGAGAGGUGGUUCCACGGCAAGUGCGUGCGGAUCACACCCGCCCGAGCGGACCACAUAAAGCACUACAAGUGCCCGGACUGCAGCUCGAAGAAAAUGAGGCAGUAGUAGCCGCCGGCCGGCGCUGACCUGUCUGAUCUGAUCGAAACCAUACUCCUGUUGUCUGUCCGCAGCUAGCAGAUGUGAAUUCGUUCUAGAAACGUUGUUGUGGUGUUGUGUGGUGGUAGGAAGAGGCAGAGGACUGAAUAGAUACACGCUCGUUGCUCGUUCUAUAAAUGGCCCGUUAACUGUUCAUCGUGCUGCCUGUCGUCCCUCAACUAUUGUCCGAGGGUAAGUUCGUCCCUCAACUUUCAAUUUGAUCAA